CAUUUUCAAUUCUCUUCUCUCUGGGAGUUUCUGCUGCCACUGAAGCAAGAUGGCAGAAGUGAAUAUUUCAGUGCUAAAGGAUUGUUUUCUCUGCUCUGUCUGUAAGGAGAUUAUGCAGAAUCCUGUCUCCCUUACCUGUGGGCACAAUUUCUGCUCGAGGUGUCUUAAAAAAGGUCAUGGUUGGUAUAGUGGGUACUGCUGCCCUCUGUGCAAAGAAAGAUACUCUUCAGGGCCUGCUGUUAACAUAAACACCUUGCUGGCAGAUAUCAUAGAUAAAGUGAAAAAAGAACAGCUGAGUUAUAUGACUUUGAUGAGUUACACAGGAUCUGAGGACGUGCCCUGCGACGUCUGCACAGGGGGAAAUGUGAAAGCUCUGAAGACCUGCCUGACGUGCCUGGCCUCUUACUGUGAGACUCACAUUCAGCCCCACAGAGAGUCUGCAGCACUGAGGAGACACAAACUGGAGCAGCCAAUAGGAAACAUCCAUCAGAGGGUCUGCCCUCAGCACCUCCGACUGCUGGAAUUCUUUUGCCGGAAAGAUCAGAGGUGUGUCUGCUCUGAGUGUGUGUUAACUGAGCACAAAGGCCAUGAACUGGUCAGGCCUGACCUGGAAAGCUCUGAGAAGAAGAAAGAGGUUAAGGUGACAAUAAGCAAGAUUAAACAAGGAAUCUGCAAGAAAGAGAAACAGAUGGUGGAUACACGAGCUGCUGUGGAGAAAUUGCAGAGAGACGCAGCAAAUGGAGUAAAGGAAUAUGAGGAUGCUUUCAGAUUUCUGUCUUCAGAGGUAACUAAUCUGAUCAGAGAUCAUGAGAAGAAUCAAGUGAAGAAAGGUGGUGAGCUCAUGAAGCAACUAGAGAAGGAGAUCGAGGAGCUGAAGAGGAAAGGCACUGAGCUGGCAGAACUGUCACAAGUUGUUGACCACAUCCACUUCCUUCAGAAACUCUCAUCUUUGGCUCUCCCUAAUGAAGAUGAAAAUACAAGCAGCGCUACAGUUGUCGGAGACUUGCUGCCUGAGCCUUUGAGGAAGAGCCUGUCUGAUGUGAUAAAAUAUAUGGAAGAAUACAGUGGCUGGGGGAUUCCAAAACCUAAAGGGCUUCUUGAACAAUCUACAAAAGUGACGAGCAGAAGCGAACCACUGAAUGAACCUGCUAAGCCUGCCCAAAAAAAUUCCUUGCCGGAUCAAAACUCAGAGAUUAAGAACAUCACAGCCAUGCCAGAUCCUAAUCCGAAAAGUUCAAGUGGUGUAUGGUCGCCCUCCUCAUCAGGUGGAAGUACACCAUUGAAAACAUCUGUUGUUAACAUUGAAGUUGAUGGAACAGAGAGAACCCUUGGUGCUGGUGAAGCUUUCUUAGGAAAACUUACUGAGAAACUGAGGAGAAAUCAAACUCAACUGAACACAAGCAAAUUUACCAACAACACUGACACGCUAGUGCUGGUCUUCUGUCCAGUAGUUUCACGAAUAUUAACAGACAUUAAUGGGGCACUUCAGUCCAUUUUAUCAAAGAAGAACGUGAUUCUGGUUGUCAUGCAUCACACUCACAAACCUGGCCACACAGUGAAUGAAAGCAAAAGGCUGGUUCAACAGAGCAAUGUGAUGGAAACAGUUGACUGUCUUUUCUACGAAAACCAAGGCUUACUUGAUUGUUCAUUAAAUAGUGAAUCAUUGGAAAAGGUUGCUAAUAUACUUGGGGGUUCACUUCAAACACAACAUUAAGAGAGACAGGAUGGUGGUUCUAGAUCACGCAAGUCUUAAAAUAAGCAGGGACUUGCUUUAAUUAAAUGGUAACGAUCGUGAUUUUCUAUUCUUUUAAUGGUGAAAAGUACUCGCAUAAAUAAAAGUUUUAAAAAUAUCACGGCGUGAAGUACUGCAGCAGAUUUGCAGUCUAGUGGUAUCGCUUGUCUAGUAUUGUGCAGUGGUAAGGGAGAACUCAAACUCUACAAUCACCACAUUGAUUCUUGGGAGCUGAGCUUUUCCACCAGCUCAAUACAAGACCAGUAACUCUGCCAAUUUGCAUUUUUCUGUUGAUUUAUUUGAAAAUGGCUGCAUCGUUUUAUGCUGUAUUUUUUUUUCAAAGCUCUCAAGUGAGAGUAUUUUUGUUAUUAAAUGAAAAAAAAAUGUAACUGCACCUCAUUAGUAACCGUGUCACUUUGUUUAAUUACAUCAUUAUAUAUAAGUGCAGAGGUUUAUAAUCUAAUCGACUGUGAACCUGAGAAGUGUAACCUAGUAUCUAAAUGUUUCUCUCUUAGAGAACGUUAAUGACUGAGCUGCCAAUUUCUAAUGUAACUUAACUACCCAAUGUUAUUUAAUAUUUUUUUUCUGAUCAGCAAUCAAAUGUGUUAUGUUAUCAAACUGUAAUUAAGGAAAUGAAGCUCUAGUUUCCUAACAGUAUUGUAUCUUUCUUUUUAAAAACAAAAGUGAAAUGGA